UCAAUUAUAACAUUGCAAUGAGUAAGCUUGGAUCUGGUCAAGUCGUGUGGGAUGUUGCUUCCAGCUAUUUGGGCAUUAUCAGUAACACCAAGGAGGCUACCAAUUUUGACAAAAGGACAACGUUUGCACCUCAAGGAUUUUCCAACUUUUUCAAAAUAUUCGCAAAAAUAUCCUUCCAUAUCGGCUAUUUCCCUUGGAAAAUCGAACCAUCUAAAAAUUCCAUGAAAUGUGAAUACACAACGAAAGGUUCCAAAUUCACAAAUGUAUUAUGCUGCAUCGUAUUUUUUCUGGCAAUUCUGAAAUACGGGGGAUCAGUUCUACUCGAUGUGUCGCAAAAGUUUGGAGCAAAUCCAGUAAACUAUUUGUACCUCCUGAGAAGUUUUGGAGCUGCCAGCAACUAUUUAACUGUCUACUAUUUCAUGUUUUUCAAAUUUCCUGUCGCAUUACCUCAAAUAGUUCAACAUUGCCAUGUCAUGGAAAACAAGGUCCAGUGGAAAUUGCGUGGAAAGCUUAAAACUGUAAGAAUGAUUUAG